CGCGUCCCUGCCCCGCCUUCCCCCCCACCCCAAGGCGGCGGCGGCCGCGGCGGCGCAGGGCGGCCGCGCGGGUGUCAAUAGCGUCUGCGGCAGCCCGCGCCGCCCCCUGGCCGAGGCUCCCCCUUGGCGAGCCCGAGCCCGAGCACGGCCUGCAGCUCGCGGCGCGGCGGCACGGGGCCCCGGGAAAGUUCCCGGCGCGAGCGCCGAGAUGCCGGGCAGCGACACGGCACUCACCGUGGACCGGACCUACUCCGACCCGGGCCGGCACCACCGCUGCAAGAGCCGGGUGGAACGUCAUGACAUGAAUACCCUAAGCCUUCCCUUGAACAUCCGCCGAGGCGGGUCGGACACCAACCUCAACUUUGAUGUACCAGAUGGCAUCCUGGACUUCCACAAGGUCAAACUCAGCGCGGACAGCCUGAAGCAGAAAAUCCUAAAGGUCACAGAGCAGAUAAGAAUCGAGCAAACAUCCCGCGACGGGAAUGUCGCAGAGUAUCUGAAACUGGUCAGCAGCGCGGACAAGCAGCAGGCUGGCCGCAUCAAGCAAGUCUUUGAGAAGAAGAAUCAGAAGUCGGCUCAGUCCAUUGCCCAGCUGCAGAAGAAGUUAGAGCAGUAUCACAGAAAGCUCCGGGAGCUCGAGCAGAAUGGGGCCCCCAGGAGCUCAAAGGACGUUGCCAAGGACAACCUGAAGGACAUCCAGUCCCCUCUGAAGGACGCCCAGGCCAGGGCUCGCGCCGCUCCCCACAGCCUGGAGAGCAGUAAGUCGGGCCUGCCGGGGGUGUCCCUCACCCCACCCGUGUUCGUCUUCAGCAAGUCCAGAGAGUUCGCCAACCUGAUCCGGAAUAAGUUUGGCAGUGCCGACAACAUCGCUCACCUGAGAAACUCCUUGGAGGAGUUCCGGCCCGAGACCAGCGCCAGGGCCUACGGGGGCAGCGCCACCAUCGUGAACAAGCCCAAGUACGGCAGCGACGACGAGUGCUCGAGCGGCACGUCGGGCUCCGCCGACAGCAACGGGAACCAGUCGUUCGGGGCCGGGGGCACUGGCGCGCUGGACAGCCAGGGCAAGCUCACGGCCAUCCUGGAGGAGCUCAGGGAGAUCAAGGACACCCAGGCGCAGCUGGCCGAGGACAUCGAGGCGCUGAAGGUGCAGUUCAAGAGGGAGUAUGGCUUCAUCUCUCAGACCCUGCAAGAGGAGACAUACAGGUAUGAGCGACUGGAAGACCAGCUGCAUGACCUCACGGACCUGCAUCAGCACGAGACGGCCAACCUGAAGCAGGAGCUGGCCAGCAUCGAGGAGAAGGUGGCCUACCAGGCCCACGAGCGGUCACGGGACAUCCAGGAAGCCUUGGAGUCCUGCCAGACUCGCAUUUCUAAGUUGGAGCUCCACCAGCAGGAGCAGCAAGCCCUGCAGACAGACACCGUGAACGCCAAGGUCCUCCUGGGGAAAUGCAUCAACGUGGUCCUGGCCUUCAUGACUGUCAUCUUGGUGUGUGUGUCCACCAUCGCCAAGUUCAUCUCACCCAUGAUGAAGAGCCGCUUCCACAUUCUCGGCACCUUCUUCGCUGUGACUCUCCUGGCAAUAUUCUGUAAAAACUGGGACCAUAUUCUGUGUGCCAUAGAAAGGAUAAUAAUACCAAGAUGAAGCCGCUGGUUCCUGUCCUCAUAUUCUUUCAAGUUUUUAUUUUGGAGAAAACUGUGCAUACUACCAAAUUUUAAAAUGAACGUUUGUGCCGACGGAAGACUACAAGGGCCGCGGCUGUGCGUUGUAAAUAACUACAGUUCUCUUCUCUCGGUAGCACUUGCCGGCUCGGUCCCUGUAUGUGGUUACCAUGAAUCUGUUUCCAUGCUCUCGCCACGUUGCUCACUGCCUUAAUCAGACCAGGUUUCCUGCCCACCCGCCCAGUCCAGCAUGGUCAGCCUCUGGUUGUUGAGCACUUGGUGGAAUUCGUGACCCAGAAGGGAUUUUAAAUCUCUCUCUCUAAGUCUCUGUCAGAAUUGAGCUGCACUCUUGCUGGCGGUUGUGUUUUCCCCGAGUCCUUUAAGCAGCGAGGAUGUGGCAUGACUUGGGGAGGGGAAGAAGCAUAGGCGUUGCCCAUGUGAGCACUUGUGGCCCGUGGAAGCACAGUAAAUCCCGUGUCAUCCGUCCCACUGUUCACUGAUGACCAUAGGUCCCAUGUGUGCCCAGUGUCCACAGUGGUCAACUGUUUGUGACUCUCUGUCACGUGGAAAUCUUAUAACACACCUGUUGAUCCAUCAGAAGUCUAACUUAAGUGUUCGGUUUCUCUUUAAAUGGUAAGACAUGAAGAUUUAUGAAUGGGCCUUACCUUCUUAUACCCAGGGAGCCGCACUCCUGAUUUCACAUUCACUGGCUGUCUUAUGCACCACCUUCAAGGCAUGUAGAGAUGCUUCCAAAUACCUCUUCAAACUGUGGCUUUAACAUUAAAUUGAUGUCUGAUAAGCACCACAUUGGAGGUUUGUGUUUUGGCACGUCUUCAUUGUGAUACGCCCCUUUGCGGAUGAGAUUCACUUUCUGUGAUUCACCUUUUUCAGUCUGUGAGGGAUAGCAAAGCUUACUCAGUAAAUGAAAAAGGAUGCUCAC